AUGGGCAUGUCUCACGCCUGGGCGUCCUACUGCGACCACCUCGUGAAGCGGCCUUUGAUCACCAAGGUUAUCACGGGCGUUGUGGGAACCAUUGUGGGUGACGGCAUCGCGCAGGCCACGUCGCACCUGUCUGCGCGCCGAGUUGCGCGGCCCGGGGCGCGCAAGCCACGCUUCCAGUACGACUGGGCACGUGCCGCGCGCCUGUGUGCCUAUGCCGCGUGCCUUGGAACCCCUAUCGGCCACUACUGGUUUGCUUUCCUUGAUAAGGCUGUGUUCCCGACGCGCAUGGGCCAUCCCUUGACCGCUGUGCUGAAGAUGGGGCUGGAUCAAGCCUUCAUGGCCCCGGCGGGCAUGGUGCUGUUCUUCCUGUCCAUCAGCCUGAUGGAGGGCAAGCCCCUGCAGCAGGCUGUUGGGGUGGUGCGGGACAAGUUCGUGCCCACGAUGAUCGCCAACUACAUGGUGGUCAACUUCAGGUUCGUUCCGCCCGAGCAGCGCAUCCUUUACGUUAAUGCCAUCUACAUCGGCUGGGUCAGCUUCCUGUCCUCCAUGGCGGCAGCCGACACCCAGUCCAUCAAAGUGGGCGGGGGUCGGCGGGAGGCGGGGCGCCAGGGCCCUGAUGACCUGGCGUACGGGGUGAAAACAGAGUGA